CCCCGACAGUUGCCGAGUCACCGCCGGGCGGGGCCGCCGCGGGCGGGGCGGGGCGGGGCCGGGCGGGGCGAGCGCCGCAGCGGGACCAGUCGGCAGCUCCUGCAUCCCGGCGGCGAGAGCAUCCUCCGCACCGGGCCCCGCACCCCCGCGGGGCCAUGGCCGAGAUCACCAGUGUCCACCCCGGCUUCGAUGUGUCUCCCGUGGUGGCAGGACUCAUUGGAGCCACUGUCCUGGUGGUUUCUGUCUCAGUCACAGUCUUUGUGUGGACAUGCUGUCACCAGCAAGCAGAAAAGAAGCACAAAACCCCCCCGUACAAAUUCAUUCACAUGCUGAAAGGCAUCAGCAUCUACCCGGAGACCUUGAGCAACAAGAAGAAAAUCAACCGGAUCCGGAGAGACAAGAACGGCACGGCCAGGGAGGGGGGCAGGGGGAACCUGCUGCUGGAUGCUGCUGAAGCCGGCCUGGGGGGCCCCGACAAGGCUCUGGAUCGACCCCCCCAGGUGGAGCAGCUCCCCAUCAAAGCAGAUUAUGGAGAUGAACUGAGCCCAGAUCAAAGCCUCACUCCAGGAGGGAGUAAAACCUCCUCUCCCUCUUCCCCGGGUGAUGACGUCAUGCUGGGCGACCUGACUUUCUCGGUGGACUACAACUUCCCCAAAAAGGCUCUGGUGGUCACCAUCCAGGAGGCGCACGGGCUGCCCGUGAUGGACGAGCACAGCCAGAGCUCCGACCCUUACAUCAAGAUGACAAUUCUGCCCGACAAGAGGCACCGAGUGAAGACCCGCGUGCUCCGCAAAACCCUGGAGCCGGUGUUCGACGAGACCUUCACGUUUUACGGCAUCCCCUACAGCCAGCUGCAGGACCUGGUGCUGCAUUUCCUGGUGCUCAGCUUCGACCGCUUCUCCCGCGACGAUGUCAUCGGCGAGGUGAUGGUGCCCCUGGCGGGGGUGGAUCCCAGCACCGGCAAGGUGCAGCUCACCAGGGAGAUCCUCAAAAGGAACAUCCAGAAAUGCAUCAGCAGAGGGGAGCUGCAGGUGUCCCUGUCCUACCAGCCUGUGGCACAGAGGAUGACUGUGGUGGUGCUGAAGGCCAGGCACUUGCCAAAGAUGGACAUCACUGGCCUCUCAGGUAACCCCUACGUCAAGGUCAACGUUUACUACGGCCGCAAACGCAUCGCUAAGAAGAAAACCCACGUCAAGAAGUGCACUUUGAACCCCAUCUUCAACGAGUCCUUCAUCUACGACAUCCCCGCCGAUUUGCUGCCCGACAUCAGCAUCGAAUUCCUGGUGAUCGACUUCGAUCGCACCACCAAGAACGAGGUGGUGGGGAGGCUGAUCCUGGGCGCGCACAGCGGCAGCGCCGCCGGCGCCGAGCACUGGCGCCAGGUGUGCGACAGCCCCAGCAAAGGCGUGGCCAAGUGGCACAGCCUGAGCGAGUACUGAGCUCAGCCCGACCCCCUUAGGACACACUUCAACCUCGGUUUAGCUGUAGGACUAAACUACUUGGAGUUGAGAAGCAGCAGCUGAUCGGUUCUCUCUUAGUGAUGUGGUUUUUGCAGGGCGCUAAAACUAAAAAAUUAAAAAAAAAAAAAAAUUCUUAAGGAGCAUCGAGAUGGGGAAGGAAUAAUUUAAAGAAAAAUAAAAAAAAAAAAAAGAGGAAAAAAAGGUACCACGAAUAUAUAUAACAGUGUAAUCACGCUAUUGCAUGCCUACUACAAACUGAAAUUAGUAUAACUGCCAAUAUCAAGUUGCAGGUUUUAAUACAAUUAAUUAUCUGUCACUAUGGAAGUUGUGUUUGUGCCGAGCUGUCUUUGCUGGUAUUCACCAAGACUGGCCUGUCUUCAUUAGGCUUCUCCCAAAUUUCUGGAUUCUGCUGUUUAACCUCUAGUUUCUUGUUAGUUUUUGCCUGCCCAUUGGUUCUUGCAGUUCUGUUUCUGUGCUGGUUUGGGAGUCCCAACCACGUUUCCAUGUAGAGCUGGGUUAGAAUUCUGCACUGGCACAAAAGGAAAAUACAGGGAAAAUGGCACUGGCCUCCAGAGAAGCAACAAUUCUGUGUCAGGCAUUGAAAUCCUUGUUGUUGUGAUGUGCUUGGGGAGCUGUGAGGUCACAACAUCCAAAAUUUGACUCUGAAAUCCAAACCCCAACCAAGUGAUCCCUUUGCUUUUGCCACACAGGAUCCCACAGACUGCAGGAAUUGGGGAAAUCCUGCUCAGUUUGAUUUUAUUUAAUCCUGUCUGUGCAAGCAAACCCAAACACUGAUUGGUAAAGAAACUCUGAAACAUUAAAUAUCAAAUUCCAGCUGGAUGAUAAUUUCCCUGAGACAGGGAAAAUUCCUGGAGGCAGAGCUGGAAGAAGAGCAUCCUGCCAUGGAUUUGGGCACAGAUAAUGGUGAUAACUCCAGCAAAUCAUUCAUGGCAAUCAGAGUUGGUGAAUUGAACAGAAAUAAUUAUAGAUAAAAUUGUUCCUGGGCUCUCCAGUGGAAAUGCAGGAGCAGAAUUGGGUUUGCAGAGGCUCCUGGACAGCCCCAGGUUUUCAGGUUUCAGACUGCUCUGAGCCCUGUGGGAUGCAAAUAGGAAUGCAAAGAACAUAAUCAUUUUUUUAAAAUUAAAAUAAUUUAACUACUUACAGCACUUGACUACUGAAUUUUAGAUCCCUGUUGGCAAAAUGAUUCUUUCCCCCUGAAAUGGGAAUAACUGAGCCAGGCUCUCCUGUUCCCCAGCAGCUCUGGAUGAACAUUCAGCACCCCUCUGGCAUCUCUUCCCAAGGCAUUUUUUUAUGGAAAAUCUGAUUUUUCUCCCUCACUGACCCUCCCUCCAUUUCUCAGCACACACAGACUUUGUUCCCUUCAGCAUCCCCAUGACCAGGAUUUCUGCCUGAGGUUGUAGUAGAUUUUAUCAGUGUCUUAAAUGCUUUUUAGCUCGAGUUCUGUGGCUCACAGAGAAAUUAGAAAUUGCUGUAGAUCUCUUCCAAUCCUAGUUUUUUUUUUUUUUUUUGCACUAAGCAAUUGUGCUGCUGCAAUUCAAGCAACUGUCACAACUUUUCCUCAGAAAAUGCUUUCCAACACCACUCCAAAGAUCUGACCAGGACUAACAGCAGCAACAAAAUCCCCCCUUUCCCUUUGGUGUGAAAAGCAUGACUAAGCCUAGAUGAUCUUAAAAUUCCUUUAGUUUGCAAAGGAAAAAAAUGAAUUUUUUGCAAGGAAACAUGCUCAGGGUAAAUAGACUUAGGCUGUCGGGCAGGUAGGAGUAGCUCCAACACUCUUCUGGAAUAAUAGGAAACUGAAAUGUGCAGAUAUAUAUUUUUUAAAACAUGAAAUAGACAGUAAGUGACAGCGGACUCACUGUAAAAUCUCCCAGGUGUGGUUAUUCUUUACCUUGUGUCUUCUAUUGUAAAAUGAACUUGGAACAGUUACAACUUUGUGUGGAAAAAAAAAAAAUAAUAAAAAAAGAAAAAAGGCAAAAAACCUAACUCAACCUGUGUGAAACUGCAUAAUGCUAUAAGCUAACCUACAUUCUGUAAUGCUACCUUGUAUGUUGAAUUUGUUAAUGCACAUUGAGCGUGCAAAUAAAAAUUAAAUCACUUUAA